CGCGUCGCUCUUUCACCGUCACAGACGUUUCGUAGAGCGCGCAGAAGAAGCGGCACAUCCGUAAUCUCGUCGCCGCAUCGUCGCGCAAUCUCGAAAUCACGGUAAUCGCGCGAAAUCAAAGAGAUUAAAAGGGCGGAUUUGAUAAAAGUACGGGAUUCGACUUCGGUCAUUCUCAUCGUGACUUCUCUGCUUCGUUUUUCGCAUUGCCGUGUGAUUUUGGAAAAUCUGACAGGCACGUCUGUGACACGUGAUUUUCUGAUUUUAUAGAGCACAGAUGGAUUUAUAAGAGUGUGAUAGAGUUUCGUGAAUUUAUGUGCAUUUACAGAACUGCGACGAAGCGAAUAUACUUGGAAUAAAUAUAAUUUACGAUAUCAUGUACGUUUCAGAAUGAAAUACCUAAUUCAUCUUGCGGACAGAUUGAAUUUUACGUGAAUUUACGUUUCGCGAUUUUGCAAUCUUUGAAAUAUCGAAACUGUGCUAAAUGCGGGUCUGACGCUCGCUUUCUGUGAAAUGUUGGAGGACUCGCACGCGACAGGAAAUAAUUGCGACCUAAUCCUUUGCGUCAAUUUGCGAAUUUCUAGAAGUCCGCUCGGUAUCGACUUACUAACUAUUGAAAAAUCGCUGAAUAAUGUCCACGGCGGUGCUCAAGUAUAAAAUCUAUCGGAGGUGAAUAUCUGAUUGGGAUAAUUUUUUUUCGACGAAGCACACUCGAGGUGCAAUGGAUCCGACGGAUAAUCGGCGAACGUUCGACUUGGUCGAUUCGAUUGUGUUCAUUGGAUUGCUGGGCGUCUCUGCCCUUGUAGGUGUUUAUCAGUGGUAUGCGUCUAGGAAGAAGGCGGACGCCGUGGGAGAGUAUCUUGUAGGCGGCCAAAAGAUGUCUAUAUUUCCAAUAAGCAUGUCACUGAUAGCAAGCUACGUGUCGGGUAUAGCAAUGUUGGGAUUGCCGGCCGAAAUGUACGUUUACGGCACGCAAUUAUGGUGCAUCGUGAUCGCGGAUAGUUUUGUAUCCGUGACGAUGGCGAUCGUCUACCUGCCGGUUUUCUACGGGCUCCGAAUUACGUCGUCUUACGAGUAUCUGGAGUUAAGGUUCAAUCGAGUGGUCAGGCUCAUGGGAUCUUUUAUCUUCAUUAUCAAGAUGCUGCUUUACAUACCUCUGGUGAUAUACGUACCUGCGCUAGCCUUCAAUCAGGCGACCGGAGUGGACCUCUACACGAUCGCGUUACUGGUCUGCGCUGUGUGCAUCUUCUACACGACGUUGGGUGGCUUGAAGGCGGUCGUCUGGACGGACACUAUUCAGACGGUGAUGAUGUUCGGCGCCGUCAUCACCGUUGCCAUCCUCGGCACCGCCAGAGUCGGCGGCGUGGCGGAGGUGUGGAGAAGAAAUGCUGAUAGCGGGAGAAUUGAAUUCUUCAACAUGGAUCUGGAUCCUACGAUAAGGCACACGUUCUGGGGUGUGGUGGUCGGCAAUUAUUUAAAUUGGCUGGCCACGUGCUCGGUGAAUCAAGCGAUGGUGCAGCGAUGCCUGGCGAUGCCGAACUUGAGGAAGUCGAAUGUGGCGAUUAUGAUAAUGGCCGUGGGCAUAAUCAGCAUUGUCUCGUUAUGUUGCUACACGGGAAUCGUCAUCUACGCGGCCUUUUAUGACUGCGAUCCGGUCACGACAAAGCAAAUACGAAAGCCCGAUCAGCUGUUGCCGUACUUCGUGAUGGAACUGUCGGAGGCGAUACCAGGUUUGCCAGGAUUGUUCGUUUCUGGCGUAUUCAGCGCGGCAUUAAGCACAAUGUCGACCGGAUUGAAUUCCAUGUCGGGCGUCAUCUAUGAAGACAUGAUCAAGCCGUGUCUCCGUAAGCCGAUCUCCAACGUCGGCGCGAGCCGCAUAAUGAAAGCCACGGUUGUGGUAAUAGGAGCCAUUUGCGUAGGCCUCGUAUUUAUGGUUGAGAAACUGAGCGGACUGAUUCAGGCUGGUAAAAGUUUGUCGGGAAUAACCGCCGGGCCCUUGCUCGGAAUAUUCACGCUGGGCAUGCUGUUCCCAAUGGCCAACUCUACGGGAGCACUCGUCGGUGCGCUGGUAAGUCUGAACUUGGUCGCUUGGAUCUCGUUCGGUACGCAAGCGGCGAUCUCCAACGGAUCGAUUUACUUCCCGGUAAAACCGGUAUCGAUGGACGGAUGCACCGAAUCGUUGAAAAGCACCGCUGGAAACCUCACGAUGAUCGUCGAGACCGCUGUCAGGUACAUUUAUCGAAUUGCUCUCGCAUAUAAGAACCGCGUAAUGACUCCUCUCGUAUCGCAUCGUAUUAAAAAUGUUCUUGAUUUCGUUUUCAGAGAACAACCCUUCUUUCUGUACAGAAUGUCGUAUCUCUGGUAUACGUGGGUAGGUUUUCUAAUUACGAUUCUAGUGGGCCUGUUGGUCUCGUGGUUCACGGGUCCGUCUAAGUACAGUCGCGUGGAUAAGAGAUUAUUUACACCCAUAAUACACGGUCUUUUACGCUCGAGAGAUCAGCAAGUGAACGAGGCUGAACUCACGAAAAUGAAGAACGACGCGAACAAUAUAACGCAAACUUCUUCAAAAUGUUAGCCAUCGUUUCUCAUCUCUCUCAAUCGCGGUUCAAUCGGGCAUAUAUACGAUCGUACGAGCAUAUCGAAUUUGUAUUCGACUUACAAUUAGUCCCAAUAUCUCAUAAAAUUAUAUUAUAAACUAAGACUAAUAAUCGUUUGUCGACACAAGUGACGCCUGUACUGUUACGUUGUAAUGACCUAAUGGUCUAAACCUCAUAGCGCAUCAUCAUCGAUCAAUCACAGUACAGGCGGCACUAAUGUCGAACACAAUUCGUUACACGCGCGCAAAAGUAAUCCUAUGUAAACGACUAAUAUAAUCCCUGGCAGUGAUCCAAAGUUGCCGACUCGGUUUUGUAUCCAUUGUGUAUCAUCUACUUAAUAAGUUUUAAUUAGGCCGAUAAUGUACAAAGAAAACGAGCAACGUUAGCUCCAGUAUUUGCACGUCUAUAUGUCCACACGUUGAAGACCGCGCAAAUACUGUUUCGUGGUAUAAAUUUCUAGACAACGGCUAACACAUCUAUGUUGUAUAAUCUACCAAAAUGUUCGGCACCCGUGAGCGUAUAAUGUAUAAUGAUUAAUGUAAACUAAUAAAGUCAACUUAUCUUGCUAGAUAAUCACA